AUUCGCAAGUCAAGCACUAAUUCACAGUCAACAUGCCUCCCAAGAAGAAGGUCGAGCGCGGUGCGCAGGAGAACAUCCAGCUUGGACCCCAGGUCCGCGAGGGCGAGCUCGUCUUCGGCGUUGCCCGCAUUUUCGCUUCCUUCAACGACACCUUCGUCCACAUCACCGAUCUGUCCGGCCGCGAAACCAUCUCCCGUGUCACCGGUGGCAUGAAGGUCAAGGCUGACCGUGACGAGUCCUCCCCCUACGCUGCCAUGUUGGCGGCCCAGGACGUCGCUGCCCGCUGCAAGGAACUCGGCAUCUCUGCCCUCCACGUCAAGAUCAGGGCCACUGGUGGAAACGGCACCAAGACCCCCGGCCCCGGUGCCCAGUCUGCUCUCCGCGCGCUUGCCCGUGCCGGUAUGCGCAUUGGACGUAUCGAGGAUGUCACCCCCACCCCGUCCGACUCCACCAGGAGGAAGGGUGGUCGCCGUGGUCGUCGUCUCUGAGCAUGUGCGGGAUAUCGCUCGCUCGGUGGUGGGAUAUGGCAUGGCGUGGUGUGCACGAUUUAUGGUUUUAUGACCUCAAUCACAAAGUCGCGGGGAAUGGCAAAUAGCCUGGUCUCCAUGUUGAACUUGGCCUCUCUCGCGAGAUAGUCAAGGUAAAGCAACAGAAUCCUUUUUUAGUUCGAAAAGGCUUCUCGACAAUGCAGUGCUCCACUUGUGCUUGAUUACACAUUACGAU